AUGCUGCCCAUCAACAACGGGGAUACACUGAAUUGUUCGGAAAUAAAACCGUGUCCAAAAGGAUAUGAAUGUGUUCGUAGCGGAAAAUUACCGUAUUGUUGCCCAUCUUCCGGUAACAGAGUCUAA